AUGCCCACUCGCUCGACCAUCCUCUUUGUCGGCGCACUCACCGCAGUCUCCCUCUUCCUCCUCACCGCCCAUCUCCACCCCGGAACAGAGUUCACCCUCCCCCUCUUCCCCCAGCCCGACGCUCAAGACGGCUACUUUCAAGCCGCCUGGCCAGCGCUCACAGAGGCCGAAAAUCGACACUUGACCCAGCAGCAAUGUCGGGAUACCUACCCCGACUUGUACCUCGAGGCGGAUAGGGCGCACGACUGGUACAAGGCGAAGGGGGGGAUCACGAGGUCGAUGGUGGAUCAGGCCGAGAAGGAGGCGAACGCGAGGCUUGUAAUUCAUCAGAAUCAACUCUUUGUCAAAGUAUACAAGGGCGGCAUCAACACGAGGACGCAGGCCGUUAUCGCCGGUGUGUAUGCUGGCAUUUUGACUUCUCCCGAGCCUCUACCGGACGUCGAGUUUGUGGUGCAGACUAGCGACGCGGGGGCUGGCAAAUCCCCUAUCUUUGCGCUCUGUCGGACAGCGAGCCAGAAAGCGCUUUGGCUUAUGCCGGAUUUCGGCUUCUUCUCAUGGCCCGAGCCCGGAGUCGGCUCCUACUCUGAAGUACGCGCCAAAACGCUCGCUUAUGAACAAUCGUUAGGGCUGGAGGUGGAUAGUGGGAUGGAGGUGAUCAAGGGGGAUUGGGAGAAUAAGACGGACAAGUUGUUUUGGAGGGGGAGUCCGAUGGUUGAAGUUCGGCAUGACCUCCUCCGCGCCGCCCAAAACCAACCCUGGUCCGACGUCAAAGAACUCAACUGGGGCGCUAUCAACGGGGACGAGAAGGAGAGGCUGAAGAAUAAUGGGGAUAUCAAGAGCCCGGCUGAGCAUUGUCAGUAUCGGUUUUUGGCGCAUGUGGAGGGGUGGGCUUAUAGUGGGAGGUUGAAGUACCUCCAACAAUGCCGCUCCGUCAUCGUCGGGCACAAACUCCAAUACAUCCAGCACUACCACCACCUCCUCAACGCCCAAGACAACCACCCCGAGCAAAAUUAUAUAGAGGUUCCUUUACCGUUUGAGAAGAAUUUGGGGGGGGUGAUGGAGGGGUUGAUGGGGGAGGGGGUGAGGGAGAAGGUGGAGAGGAUUGCGGAGAAUGGGUGGAAGGGGAUGAGGCAGGGGUAUAUCAGUCCGGCUGCAAAUGACUGCUACUUCCGCUACCUCCUACACAGGUAUGCAGAGGUGCAGGCGUUCAGACCGAGUAUUGAGGGGGCGGCGCCGUAUGAGAGUUUUGUGUUGAUGGGCAAGACGCAUUGGGAUCCGCAUAGACGAUAG